AUGCAAGUUGUCUAUGUGGGACUGCUGCUUUUUAGUGUGACCUGGGCAGCACCAACGGUUCCACCACAGACUGUGAAACCUCGGCGAGGCUGUGUGGAAGAACACAGGUUAAAAUACAAGGGCCACCAUGAAAAACAUGGGUAUUAUAUUUUUAAGUAUGUUAAUACAUCACCUGGGAAGAAAAAUCAAACCAACAGAAAGCAGGAAGAAAAAAGCAGAGACAACCUUGCUCUUCAUCAUUUUGAAAAGAGAAGACAUCAAGAGCCAUCAUCUAAUGAAAACAUUGUCCAGGAAAGAGAGAAAGACUUGUCCCUUUUUGAAGCCAAUGGAAAAAACCAAAGUAGUAAAUCCACAAAUCUUUCUGCAAAUAGACAGAAUGAAGACUAUAGUAUUCAUAACACAGGGAAGGCCCACAAUGACCUCCUGAUGUCCGUAUAUCCUGAAUUCACCAGAAAUGAAGGGGCUAAGAAUGGAGAUGAUGACAUCAGCAAACUGCAUGACCAAGAAGAAUAUGGUGUGGCUUUUAUCAGAAGCAAUAUGCAACAUGUGGUGAGGCCAGGGACUCUGGCUGAGCUGUGGGGGAAAGAAAACCAAGAACAUAAACCCAGGAAUGUUCUCAGCAAAAAUCCAUCAGGGGUCGACUAUGCCAAAUCCCACUCAAAAGAUAAAAGAAACCAUCGAAGAGACCCCCAAGCUCAGAAGAGCCCAGUGAAAAGUAAACAUGCCCAUCACAUCCACAUCAGACGCAACACUCAGUACCUGAAACAGCGCCCCAGAGUCCCGAAAAUCCCCAGUGACUUUGAAGGCAGUGGUUACAUAGAUUUUCAGGAAAGAGGGGACAAUGAUAUCUUUUCUUUCAGUGGGGAUGGUCAACCUUCUAAGGGCAUUCCUAGCCAAGGAGGAGCUGUCAGUCCUGACCUAGAAAGUACAGAUGUUCAAACAGGACAUUCAGGCCCACGUGAAACUGUGACUAUUAACCCUGACACAAGGGGACCAGGUUAUAACGAGAUCCCAGAGAGAGAAGAAAAUGGUGGCAAGGCCAUUGGAGCCAAGCACGAAACAGGAGAAGAGGCAGGAACUGCUGACAUCAGCCUGGUGGAGGGCAGCAACGACAUCACAGGCACCACCAAUUUUAGGGAACUCCCUGGAAAGGAAGGGAACAGAGUGGAUGCUGGCAGCCAAAAUGCUCACCAGGGAAAGGUAGAAUUCCACUAUCCUCAUAUGCCCUCAAAAGAGAGAUUAAAAGAAGGCAGCAGUGAUACAAUGGAAAGUGCCAAUUACAACGAAAUUCCAAAAAAUGGCAGAGGUAGCAGUAGAAAAGGUACAGAACCGUCUAAUAGGAACCGAGUGACCUCAAAUGGGAAACAAAGAUUUUCUAGUCAGGGCAAAAGUCAGGGCUUGCUUGUUCCUUCUCAUGGUCUUGAUAAUGAUAUAAAAAAUGAAGUAGGUUCCCAUACUGGGCCCAAUAAUGAGGAGAAUAUAAUAACGCACAGCAGAAAAGGUCAUUACGUACCCCGUGGACAAAAUAAUUCUACGUGGAAUAAGGGUAUGUCACAAAGGAAAGGCUCCUGGUAUUACAGAAAACCCCAUUCCAAUAGGAACCUUAGCCCCCCUAGAAGGGACGAAAGUAGUGAAUCUGAUAGUGGCAGUUCAAGUGAGAGUGAUGGUGACUAG